UCAUGUGUACUGCGCAUGCGUGAAGAUAUUGCGCAUGCGUGCUGCACACCGGACAGGGACGCAGCAGCUCUUGCAGUGACAGGCAGGCGCUCCUCGUUUCGUGUCCACCUGCUGGACAGGCGAAAGCUUUUUCACCGGAAAUCCAGCCUUGUGUGGCUGUCACGCUUUUACAGCUGGGGUUUGGUCCAGUAUGGCGGCAGACGGAUGGAAAUACUGAUGACAGUCCGAAAGAUCGCCUCGAUAUGUACGAUGGGCGCCAAUGCCUCAGCUUUGGAGAAGGAGAUUGGACCAGAACAGUUCCCCGUAAAUGAACACUAUUUUGGUCUGGUUAAUUUUGGCAACACCUGCUACUGUAACUCAGUGCUGCAGGCUCUGUAUUUCUGCCGGCCGUUCCGGGAGAAAGUGCUGGCCUACAAGGUGCAGCCACGACGCAAAGAGAGCCUGCUGACCUGCCUGGCAGAUCUCUUCAACAGCAUUGCUACUCAGAAGAAGAAAGUGGGAGUCAUCCCUCCUAAGAAGUUCAUCUCACGGCUGAGGAAGGAAAACGAGUUGUUUGACAACUACAUGCAGCAAGAUGCCCAUGAGUUCCUCAACUACCUGCUCAACACCAUCGCCGACCUGCUGCAGGAGGAGAAGAGCCAGGAGCGGCAGCAGAACGGCAAGGUGGUACAGAAUGGAGGAGGAGGAGGAGGAAGUGGGAGCGGGAGCAACACAGGAGAGGCAGAAUCAGCCGAGAAGAACCAGCAAACGUGGGUGCACGAGAUUUUCCAGGGCACACUGACCAACGAGACACGCUGCCUCAACUGUGAAGCGGUAAGCAGUAAAGACGAGGACUUCCUGGAUCUCUCUGUGGAUGUGGAGCAGAACACAUCCAUCACCCACUGUCUCAGGGGCUUCAGUAACACGGAGACGUUAUGCAGUGAAUACAAGUACUACUGCGAGCAGUGUCGGAGUAAGCAGGAGGCACAGAAAAGGAUGCGUGUGAAGAAAUUACCCAUGAUCCUCGCCUUGCACCUAAAGCGUUUUAAGUAUAUGGACCAGCUGCAUCGCUACACCAAACUGUCCUACCGUGUGGUCUUCCCUCUGGAGCUGAGGCUCUUCAAUACCUCCGGUGACGCCACCAACCCGGACCGUCUCUAUGACCUUGUGGCUGUGGUAGUGCACUGUGGGAGUGGUCCAAAUCGUGGUCAUUACAUCACUAUAGUGAAAAGUCAUGGCUUCUGGUUGCUGUUUGAUGACGAUAUUGUAGAGAAAAUAGAUGCCCAGGCGAUAGAAGAGUUCUACGGUCUGACGUCUGACAUUUCCAAAAACUCAGAGUCAGGCUACAUCCUUUUUUACCAGUUCAGAGACUGAGCCAGUGGCAGCGCGCGAAUGGGUCCGCUUUGGCUUUGUGAAAGUCAGGCUGAGGCCGAAGGCGGGGCUUGGGCUACGUACGCCCCAACCUCAGACCCUCUCAGCCGAGCCCCGAGUCAUCCGUAUGAGCCUUUGCACUGGAGCAGCCAGCAAACAGAAGGCAGGAGCAGUUGAUUUCCAGAGUGAUGUGAGUGGCACAGUCAUCUCCAUACAGGCGUAAUGGAAGUUUUGAGGUUUUCAAUAAUUAGUCAUCCCACAGACACACACUCUCCAUCAGUCACAAAGGGGGGAAGAAAAAAAAAAAAAAACUCUGAUGGCAUAAAGAUGGGCACUAAGGUUAUGGUUUAUGUGAAACCAGUGAUAUGAGGAGGUCUGAUGUUUUGGCAUUCAUUUUCUGCAGGACACUUUGCUUUAUGCUCUGUCAUGCAGGUGUGUAAUGUAAAAGCUGAUGUUAUUAUGGCGCAGAGCAGAUUACAAUAAAUAAUAAUAAUUUAAAAAUAAAUAAAUAGAAUCACCUGUAAACAGCUUGAAAAGGUUGAAGACGCUCUCAUUUACUAGACCGUCAUCUGCUGUGAAAACACGGCACGCUGUUUGCCCACUAGGUAUCUGGCUAUUCAUGAUCCUCUUAUAACUAGAGUAGGCUUCACGAUAUCAUGUUACAUGUGGCAAUAAUAUGAUGCACCUCUCGGUGACAUGGCUUGGCUGGUUUAGAGUCAUGUUAUUUUACUGUGUUUUUCUUUGGAAAGACGUAAGCAAUCAUUCACAGGAUGUUCUUUGGGAAAGAAGCCUGUGGGUUGCCAGCAUUGUGGAACAGAGAGGAUUGUGGGUACGGGCUCAGUGCCAGUACUGUGGUUUAGUAAUAAGGUUGGUUUGAGUUUAGCUUUUGGGAUUGAGCCAUUUACAUUGAGAUGAGCGAAUGCAGUGCUUUGAUUGUCAACGAGUGCACACUUGGUGGAACACGCACUACAACAGUGUGCACUUUGUAGAUUGUAAUAGUAUUUAAUAACGGCACAAUUGGAUACAAAGGCAUCACUUGAUUAUUUAUCGCUAUUGCUGAAAAGUCCUGCAUUUGACGAUUCAUUUCAGCGAGAGAGUUUGUUUCACAAGGGAUCCAGACUUCGCUUUAAAGGACCUGGGUAAUUCAUGGCUUUAAAUGAUUAGCUAGAAUCUUGUAUUCAUUAUCUCCAAGCCACUGUUUUCUCCUUCUCUUUGUACUCAGUAAAUAUUUAACUGGAUGUCUUGUGGAGAAAGGAAGUGAAGCAAAGCAUUGCAGGUCAUUUGUUAUGGUGUGGCCAGAAACAUGUUCCCAGAGCAGUCUAACCAAAUGUUAUUCUGAAAAGGCAAAAGAGAAGAGUUAUGGGUCGCCAGAACAGGCUAAAACUCCCCACAACCAGCCAUGUCUGGAUUUCACAAAAGCAUUGAAGUGCAAAGAACAACAUAGUCAUGUGACAGUAUGAGCUGUUUGUAAUGCUCAUGUGCAGUUGCAGUAAUCCCAGUCUGAGAUCAUUGUAGCAUAGAUACAAUUGGUAAAUAUUGGUUGUUGUGGACUGGUUGUUUUUUUUUUUUUUUGCGGCUUUGCUAGUAAACAUGUCCAGUCGCUGACAUAAAGGGGGUGUUGGAGGUGAGUGCUGUCCCAUUCUGCUGGUUCCCAGCUGAUUAAUAGGCUCCAUGAGCCGACUUGUGGCUUAUAAACGCGUCUGCAGGAACAUGCACAUACCAGACAUUUUAGAGUCGUUAUCUGACUGAGAAAGGCACAAAUGCCCUCAUAACCUUGCAGCUUAAUAGUACGUUUUAAUUUACUUCCCCAGUCCUUUGUUUGUUCAUCUAGACCUCUUCGUCUGCACAUUAAUAUGAACUCGGUGUGUGUUUUCACUGAGAUAGGGGGCUCCAGGAGAAUUUCAAUGAACACACUUGGUUUCUCAUUGCUUCUCAUUUCACUUUUUCCUUUUGGACUACUUAUCUGUGAGGGUUUUAAACUGACUGUGCUGCUGACUGAAUUCCACAAAUCAUGUAGAAAUAUGUAUUACAGCUGUUAUAAAGCUUGUAUAAAUGUUAUAAAUGGCUGGUAAGAACAAGAAUUUUGCGAAUGAUGAUGCCACACUUUAAAGGAAUAUCCCAGUGUUUUUGUUUGUUUUAUUUUUUAACCCAGUGCUAUUUCCACGGACAAGAACUCCGACAUGUUUCUCUAGUGAAAAAUAAAAGUCUAAACAUGUUUGUUUAAUGAAACUCGUUUCUAUUGGGAGUCUAAGGGCAAUUCUUCCAGAAGUUUUUGUUAAUUUCUCACUUCUUGUCUGUAGUAAAUGCAUACGCACUGCAUAUGCAUGGAGAUUGGGGGAAAACACUGUGAAAUGCCUUUAAGGCAUGUACAAUUAUGUACGCUGAUGUAAUGUGCAAUGUUGUAUUUAUAACAUUUUAUACUUCUUUUAUAGCAGUCUUAAUUGAACUAUUAAUGUUAAAACUGCGAGUGCAGUAAAUGGAUAUUUUAUAUCUCCAAUUUAAGUAAACAGAGGAAUGGAACAAGGAUGAAGCUGAAAGUCUUUUUUUUUUUUUUUUUUUUUUUUUUUUUUUUUUGGGGGGGGGGUCUACUUCAUAAUUUAUAUAAAAUUCUAGGUUUAUAUUUUCAUAUAUGUUUUGCUAAUUAUUCUUUCAUAUGGAAUGCCACUGGUGCCGUGGACUUGAACCCACAUUGUUGCUACACAAAUGUAUGGUUUAGAAAAAUUCUUUUCUGAAAUGCUGUAAGCUGUAUCCCAAUGAUUGUUUUGUUUAAUGACACAUCUAAGCACUGAUCAUAGUAACUGAAUGUUGAUUAGAUUUUGCAUUAAAAGCCAGUUUGUUAAUGUUACUUGCAAGCCUGUGUAAUGCAGCACUGGAGCUCUGUGAGUCAUGUGACCGCUCACCCCCUCCAAACCACUGCCUGUCAAUGUUGCACUUUUGACAAUGUACAGAUUGUAAGAAAAAAAAAAAAAAAAAAGCUUAUAGACUGAAAUAUGAAGUGUAUGGACUAAAUGAAUGAUGGUGUUGGUUCCCAAUAAAAGGAAAAAAAAGAGACAUCAACUACUUUUAGGUGUGAGUAUUGUAUUGGUGAAUAAGAAACAGUUUGAAAAAAGUCCAUUAGCCAUGUUUGCAUUGCUUAUAAAGGAUUAUAUUUAUUGAUAUAGUGUCAGUACAGUAUGUUGUUCCAUCAGAUGUCUUAACAGUUUUAUUUUGUAUAUAGAUAGACAGUUUUUAUAGGAUUAUGCACUGUGACUUGGGCCGUGUCCAUACGUUCUCUUUUCACCCAUCAGAGAGAUUUUUUAGGUAAUGGUUGCCUCCUAGUGGUUCAGUGUGUGCUACUACGCCAUCUGUGCUCAUCUCUGCUGACCGUGCCACUCCACUUGGACAAAAUAAUAAUUCUCCCAAAGUAAAAAAGAAAAAAAAAAAAAACUCUGAAUGGUAGAAAAACGCUUAUAUGAUCUCUAAAAAAAGUUCACCUUGCCAUUGUUUCCCGCUCAACUUUUUGCACAUUGAGUCUGGUCGCUGAAGAAGUUUAGGAGAGAAGGUCUUCUGGAUCAUCUGUAAGGAAACAAUGCAACAGCAUCUUUUUGGUCAUCUGAUUCAUAUUUUUUUUU